GUGGAAUUACUUUUUCCUUUAUGAUGGCUCAAAGGUUAAGGAAGAAGGAGAUCCGACAAGUGCUGGGAUUUGUUAUUUUUAUCCUUCACAGACUCUCCCGGAGCAGCAGGAGCUGUUGUGUGGCCAGAUUGCGGGUGUGGUGCACUGCGUGACGGAGAUUUCUGGAGUUCCUCCAACUCUCAUUCGCCUGAGGAAGCUCAAGUUUGCAGUCGUAGUGGAUGGAGACUAUCUGUGGGUUCUGGGCUGUGCUGUGGAGCUCCCUGAUAUCAGCUGUAGUCGGUUCCUGGAGCAGCUGAUCAGCCUCUUCACCUUCUACAACGGACCUGUGCACCGUGCCUACGUGAUGUUCUCUCAGGAGGAGCUGAGCAGGCAGUGGGACAGAUACAUUGAACACCUCCAAAAAAACACCAGUGACCUCCACAAGAUUUUUAAUUCUCUCUGGAAUCUGGACAAAACCAAGGUGGACCCUCUGCUUUUACUGAAAGCGGCUCUCAUCUUGCAGACGUGCCAGCGGUCUCCCCAUGUCUUGGCAGGCUGCAUUCUCUACAAGGGCUUGAUCGUGAGCACCCAGCUGCCACCUUCUCUCACUGCCAAAGUUCUCCUCCAAGGCAACGAGGCUCCAGGCCAGAGCGAGCCUGGAGGUGAGGAGCAGCGGGAGCCUGAUUCUCCGUUGCCGCAGGGUGUCCGUAUCAUCCCCGUAUUCCUAACAGAAGAUGAAGUCUCAGUGCUCCGAGACUUUCCAGUGGAGUGGAUGACUAGGUCAUCCGUGUCCCCAGGAAGCCCUAGAGGAGAGAAAAAUGCUGUUUGCUCCCAGGCAGUUUCAGAAUCCACAGGAGAAGCAAAUAACAUCUCUGUGCAGGAGUCCCCUGAGCAAGCUUCAAGCACAGCUGCACCAGAAGAUGCUGUGCAGCCAGGCAGCCUUGCAAACCCCGCUCCUCCAAAGGACUUCUCCAAAACAGAAGCCAGUGAAGAGAACUCUCCAGUGGCAAAACUGAGCGACCCAGACAGCCAGAGCUCAGAGCUGAGUAGAAGAGCAUCUUUCCCAUCAGAGAAGCAGUUGCCAAGUCCUUCCACGCUCUAUACCACUGAAUAUGCUCAGUCUACAGGUCUGUACAUAGAAGGCUUUUCCUUUCCAAACCCUUACAGUCAAGAGCAGGAGAGUCAGAGCACGGGGAAAUCCCUUGUGGACUCUGAUGUUGAGCAACACAGUUUCCAAAGUGACACAGCCAGUGACGGUCCAGCUGUUUGCUCUCCUGCCCCAGAGUCGAGCAGAAGGAACUCAAGCAAACAAGAUGAGCAAGGGACUCUGAGCGAAAAUAACAUCUCUGGAGAAAGUGGUGGUUUGCGGGGUUUGGAUUGUCCAGCCGCUGCUGCACAACCAGAGCUCCUGAGCAGGACUCAGCUGCCAGCUGCAGAGGUUUGGGAGAGCAUGCCUGGUGACCCAGCGGAGGACACACGCUGUCCCGGGAGCGGGGAGAGUGGCCGGCCCCCGCAGGGCGAUGCAGCCCAGGCUGGCGCGGCAUCAGGCAGGUGGUGCGAACCGGUUCAGAUGAGCUUGUACGUUCACUGCCUUAAGGGGCUUGUGCUCUCCCUCCUGGCUGAAGAUCAGCUCCGAGAGGACCAGAGCUCCGUUGAGGAUGUGUACCACAGCAGCCUGGCUUCUCUAAAUGGCCUCGAGGUUCAUCUGAGGGAGACUCUGCCCAAAGACUCCUCAUCCUCAGCCAAGACAACCUACAGCUUCACUCACUACGACUGCGUUCAGAACGUCCUCACGGCCAACCUGCCCCACACGCCCGGGCCUCUAGAUCGGCAGUUCCUGAGAGCGGCCACGCUCAUCCACUCCGACUUCAGCCAGCUACCGACUGCUUCCGAAGUGAUCAUCAGGAAUGCCUCCACAGCCGUGUAUGCCUGCCGGAACCCCGUCCAGGAAACCUACUUCCAGCAGCUGGGUGCUCCGCUCCGCAACUCAGGCGUUCCCAACCCUCACGACAGUGCGUUCAGCUUGCCCAGCAAGGCCAAGCAAAAGCUGCUGAAGCACGGAGUGAACCUGCUGUGA